UAGUAGUCCUUCAUCAGCCUUUUUGUCAUGUGGGCAAAGAUCAUGGAUUUUACACUCAAAUCCUGUAUGUAGUAAAUCAACCCUAUCAUUUCCUCUGAGUCCUGCCAUCUCAUUAAUGAACUUGACAUCGUGCGGAUCUCCACUGAAAAAUGAAAAACGGUACAGAGAACCAUGUCACCAUCAACAAUCCUGCUGACAUCAGCGUGAUCAUUGGCUAUUUUGUGUUGGUUAUUGCUGUAGGAAUAUGGUCUACGUUAAGGACUAAUCGUGGUACAGUGGGUGGGUACUUUCUUGCUGGUCGCACAAUGACGUGGUGGCCUGUGGGAACAUCUCUUUUCGCCAGCAACAUUGGCAGUGGCCAUUUUGUUGGCCUUGCUGGUACAGCGGCAGCUAGUGGAAUAGCCGUCGGGAGUUUUGAAUGGAAUGUAAGCAGGACAUUCUUAAUACAUACAAAUAAUGUAUUUUCUCAUUGGUUGCAUUUCAGUGAGUUCGUAAAUUCAGCUUGUUCUGUUUUGCAGGCAUUAUUUAUUGUUUUGCUGCUGGGCUGGGUGUUCGUCCCUGUUUAUUUAACUGCAGGGGUGAUUACAAUGCCCCAGUACCUCAAGAAAAGAUUUGGAGGGUCUAGAAUUAGUCUGUACCUCUCUGUCAUUUCACUUUUUCUUUACAUUUUCACAAAGAUUUCUGUGGAUAUGUUCUCAGGAGCGGUGUUUAUACAACAGGCUCUUGGAUGGAAUAUCUAUGUUGCAGUAAUUGCAUUACUCUGUAUAACAGCACUAUAUACUGUAACAGGAGGGCUGGCAGCGCUCAUGUAUACAGAUACAGUCCAGACCUUUGUUAUCAUUGCUGGAGCUUUCGUCCUCAUGGGAUUCUCCUUCCAUGAAGUUGGAGGUUACAGUGCUUUACUUGAGAAGUACAGCUCAGCUUUACCAUCUCAGACACUGUCUCUCAAACCUCUGGAAUAUAACAUCUCCAAACAUUGCUACACUCCACGUGAGGAUGCCUUUAAUCUGCUCAGAGAUCCCACGACUGGAGAUCUGCCGUGGCCCGGUGUCAUACUUGGCAUUGCAAUUAUUGGUAGCUGGUACUGGUGUUCCGAUCAGGUGAUUGUGCAGCGAUGUUUGGCCGCCCGUAGUCUGACUCAUGUUAAGGCUGGAUGUAUAUUGUGUGGGUAUCUGAAACUGCUCCCCAUGUUUCUCAUGGUGAUUCCAGGCAUGAUCAGCAGAGUGCUUUACCCUGAUGAGGUGGGCUGUGUGGUACCAGAGGUCUGCAAGGAAGUGUGCGGCACAGAGGUUGGUUGCUCCAACAUUGCCUACCCCAAACUUGUGGUUUCAGUUAUGCCAACAGGUCUCCGAGGUUUAAUGUUGGCAGUCAUGUUAGCAGCACUCAUGAGUUCUCUAGCAUCUAUCUUCAACAGCAGCAGCACCUUGUUUACCAUGGACAUUUGGACUCGGAUCCGACCUCAAGCUAGAGACUCAGAACUCAUGGUUGUCGGAAGGGUUUGGAUACUCUGCAUUGUUGGCAUAAGCAUUUGCUGGAUCCCAGUGGUCCAAGCAGCCCAAAGUGGUCAACUGUUUGACUAUAUUCAAUCUGUGACUAGCUACUUAGCACCACCUAUUGCAGCAGUCUUCUUCCUUGCCAUUUUUGUAAAGAGGAUCAAUGAGUCAGGGGCUUUCUGGGGCCUGAUGGGAGGACUGGCUAUUGGUCUCUGCCGCAUGAUACCCGAGUUUGCCUAUGGUUCAGGAAGCUGUCUAUUCCCCUCUAGCUGCCCGAAAAUUAUAUGUGGAGUCCAUUACCUAUAUUUUGCCAUUAUCCUAUUCUUCUGUACUGCUAUCCUGGUGCUAAUCCUAAGCUACUGCACUCCACCUAUAGAAGACAUACACCUUCAUCGCCUUGUGUUCAGCUUACGGCACUCUAAAGAAGAAAGGAUCGAUCUGGACUGGGAAGAGGAAGAGCGGGGUAGGAAUGCCAGAAGAGAGGCAGAGGAAAAUAAAAGGGCAGUAACGGAUGAGGAACAAAAUGAAGGUGGUGAAAGAUCUAUAAUCAGGAAGAUAAUCGGUUGGUUUUGUGGCACAAACGACACUCAGGCCCCAGAGCCCACAGAAGAGGAAUUUGCCAAAGCUUCAAAACAACUGCCUGACAUAAGCGAAAACCCUCUGUGGAGGAAUAUGGUCAAUGCUAAUGCUUUAAUAAUGAUGUCUGUUGCUGUAUUUUGCUGGGGGUUCUAUGCAUGAAGAGAAACUAUAGUCUAUACAGUAUAAAAGCUUUGAAAACACAUUGCAAUAUUUAUAUAAAUGUGUUAAUACAAUCCAAUGAUUAUUUAUCGCCCUAAAAUCCACAUGUGAGCAUAGAAUUUCAAGUCAAUUUAUGAACCUGCAAUAAUUGUUUGAGAAAUUGUAACCUAAGAUUUUUUUCUCACAGAUGUUUUUAAGCUAGGUUAUGUAUUCUUCCCAUUAUGGUAUUGCUAUUAAAAUAAAACUAUUACAUAAACCUACAAAAUUAUUAAUUCUUAAAAUAAUAAAAAUGCAUUUAAAAUGUU